UUGAGCUCACAUCUCACCGCGCAUGCGCACACCCUGACUCCUCUAACAACAUGGCGAAGCGUCGCAGGCACAGGAGCUGCUACUGAGUAAAUCUCACUAAAGAAGACAAAGUUUUAAACAAACUCAUGAUUUAAUCAGCAAACAGACUAAUAUCCGUUAGUAGCGUCCAAACAUCAUGGUUCCAUGGGAUUUAUUCGGCCAAGGGCGUUAAAAUCAAGUUAUAUCGUGGAAGAGGACGAAUGUUUGUGCAGGUCAAGAGAUAGUCCAAGAUGGCUGCAGCAUCGUAUGAUCAGCUGCUGAAGCAAGUGGAGGCGUUGAAGAUGGAGAACUCCAAUCUGAGACAAGAGCUCGAGGACAACUCCAACCACCUCACCAAACUGGAGACGGAGGCGUCUAAUAUGAAGACUGUUUUGAAGCAGCUGCAAGGAAGUAUUGAAGAGGACGCCAAAGAUUCGCAAGGCCAGGCUGAUUUCAUGGAGAGAAUUAAAGAAAUGAGCCUGGACCCCGGCAGUUACUCUGGCGUAAAGCUGAGGUCCAAGGCCUCACUGCAGGGCUCCAGUUCGGCUCACUCAGCCGACAGCAGCCCCAGUCCCAGUCCCAUGAGCUCCUUUCCCAGGAGAGGGGUCACAAAUGGGGGCCGAGACAGCGCUGGGUACCUGGAAGAGCUGGAGAAGGAACGGUCUUUGUUGAUGGCAGAGCUUGAGAAGGAAGAAAAGGGGAAAGACUGGUAUUACGCCCAGCUACAAAACCUCACCAAACGGAUUGACAGUCUACCGUUGACUGAAAAUUUCUCUCUGCAGACUGAUAUGACUCGCAGGCAGCUGGAGUACGAGGCCCGACAGAUCCGAGCGGCGAUGGAGGAACAACUGGGCACAUGCCAGGACAUGGAGAAACGGGCACAGGUGCGUGUAGCACGGAUACAGCAGAUAGAAAAAGACAUGCUGAGGAUCCGGACACGUUUGCAAACCCAAUCAGCCGACUCAGAGGACAAGCAUGAACCUGUGGCCCAAACCGAAGGUGCACAUGCGUCCGGGGAUGCUGGCAGCGGUAGUGCAGCGUGCUCGCAGGGCUCAAGUUCUCGAGUCGACCACGACACAGUCAGUGAGAUGAGCAGCACGGGAAGUUAUUCUGUCCCACGACGAUUGACUAGUCAUCUUGGCACUAAGGUUGAAAUGGUGUACUCUCUGCUUUCCAUGCUGGGGACUCAUGACAAAGACGACAUGUCUCGGACGCUCCUGGCCAUGUCGAGUUCUCAGGAUAGCUGCAUUGCCAUGCGUCAAUCCGGCUGCCUGCCGCUGCUCAUCCAGCUUCUCCAUGGCAACGACAAGGACUCUAUGUUGCUUGGAAAUUCUCGGGGCAGCAAAGAGGCCCGGGCGAGGGCUAGCGCUGCCCUGCAUAACAUUAUUCAUUCACAGCCCGAUGACAAGCGCGGACGACGGGAGAUCCGGGUCCUCCACCUGCUGGAGCAGAUCCGGGCGUACUGCGAGACCUGCUGGGAGUGGCAGGAGAGUCACGAGCGCGGCGUAGACCAGGAUAAGAACCCAAUGCCUUCUCCCGUCGAGCAUCAGAUUUGCCCAGCAGUUUGUGUUCUCAUGAAGUUGUCCUUUGAUGAAGAACACAGACAUGCUAUGAAUGAACUUGGUGGACUUCAGGCGAUUGGAGAGCUCCUGCAAGUUGACUGUGAGAUUUACGGUCUUACUAGUGAUCACUACAGUGUUACGCUAAGACGAUAUGCUGGGAUGGCUCUUACUAAUCUAACUUUUGGAGAUGUAGCGAACAAGGCUACGCUUUGUUCCAUGAAAGGUUGCAUGAGGGCAAUGGUGGCUCAGCUGAAAUCAGAGAGUGAGGACCUACAGCAGGUAAUUGCGAGUGUUUUGAGGAACCUGUCAUGGCGAGCUGAUGUUAACAGUAAGAAGAUCUUACGAGAAGUUGGCAGUGUAAGGGCCCUGAUGGAGUGUGCCUUAGAAGUUCAAAAGGAAUCCACAUUAAAAAGUGUCCUGAGUGCCCUUUGGAACCUAUCAGCUCAUUGCACUGAAAACAAAGCUGAUAUCUGUACCGUUCCAGGGGCUUUGGCCUUUUUAGUGAGCACUCUAACAUACAGAAGCCAAACCAACACCCUUGCCAUAAUAGAAAGUGGUGGCGGCAUCCUGAGAAACGUGUCAAGCCUCAUCGCCACAAAUGAGGAGCACAGGCAAAUAUUGAGGGAAAACAGCUGUCUACAGACUCUUCUUCAGCACCUUAAAUCACACAGUCUGACAAUAGUAAGCAAUGCCUGUGGAACACUGUGGAACCUCUCUGCUCGCAAUGCAAAAGAUCAGGAGGCAUUAUGGGACAUGGGUGCGGUUAGCAUGCUGAAGAACCUCAUUCACUCAAAGCACAAGAUGAUAGCUAUGGGAAGUGCGGCUGCUUUGAGAAACCUCAUGGCCAAUCGGCCUGCCAAAUAUAAGGAUGCCAACAUAAUGUCCCCUGGAUCCAGUUUGCCUUCCCUCCAUGUAAGAAAACAGAAAGCACUAUUUGAAGAACUCGAUGCACAGCACCUCUCUGAAACCUUUGAUAAUAUUGACAAUUUGAGCCCAAAGGCCUCUCACAGGGUCAAGCCAAGACACAAGCAAAAUUCCUAUGGUGACUACGAUGGUGUCUGUCGGACAGACGGUUAUAGCCCUAACGGAGUCAGUGUUCGUUCACCUUAUAUGAACACCCCAGUCCUCUCAAGUCCAUCCUCUCGAGACAAUAGAGGAAAUGCAGAAAGUGUCCGAGCUGAGAGGGACCGAAGUCUAGAUCGGGAGCGAAGGGGGUUCCAUCCAGAGCCGGAGUCUGCCAAGCGAAUGCUACAUAUACCUACAACUGCAGCUCAAAUUGCAGUGGUUAUGGAGGAAGUGCAAAGCAUGCACUUAAGUAUGGAUGAUAGAAAUGCAGGAUCCACGCCAGACCCUCACCCAGUGCAAGAUGACAUGAUCAGACGUCAGACUGCUGUGCAUAAUCACCAAAAUAUUUACAGCUACAGCAAAACUGACCCAUCAGGCAGACCGUGUCCAAUGCCCAAACUGGAGUACAGAGCAUCGAAUGACAGUCUGAAUAGUGUCAACAGCACUGAUGGUUAUGGUAAAAGGGGUCAAAUGAAGCCAUCAGUGGACUCGUACUCAGAAGAUGAUGAAGGCAAAUGCUGCAUCUAUAGGAAAUAUCCAGCGGACCUUGCCCAUAAGAUACACAAUGCAAAUCACAUGGAAGAUGACAAUGGAGAUCUGGAUACACCUAUCAACUACAGUUUGAAGUAUUCAGAUGAACAACUCAACUCUGGUCGACAAAGCCCAAGCCAGAAUGAAAGAUGGGCAAGGACUAAGCUCCUUGAUGAUGAAAGGAAACGGCCUGAUCAGAAACCACCAAGAUCCCAAAGCCCAGGAUACCCCAUGUACACCGAAGGCAGUAGUGAGGGAGAAGACAAACUGAAAAAGUACCAACCCAGGUUUGUCCAACAGGACAUGCCUGGAUUUAGGUCCAGGGGCUCCAGUGAACAAGUGAACAGUAGCUCCAAUCAUGGACUUAAUAAAAAGAUUUCUCAAACCAUCUGCACUGUUGAUGAUUAUACAGAUGAUAAACCAACAAACUACAGUGAGUGCUAUUCGGAGGAAGAAGAGCUUGAUGAACAAACUUCAAAUUACAGCAUGAAAUACAAUGAGAAUCACCACAUAGAACAGCCAAUUGAUUACAGUUUGAAAUAUCCUGAUGCUUCCUCCAAGAAGCCCAUGUUUAGUCAUUCAAAGCCAUCUUCUACCAAGAGCUCUGGCAAAGACCAUUUAAGCCAAGAUAGUUCCUCAUCUGUGGCAUCUGUAAAGAAUCAGGGCAGGCAAAAACAGCUUCACCCAUCGUCUGCUCAAAGCAGAUCAGGCCCAACUAGAGCAUUGCAGAAGAAUCCAACCUGCAAGGCUUCUACAAUAAAUCAAGAAACAUUACAGACAUAUUGUGUGGAGGACACUCCCAUAUGUUUCUCACGUGGUAGCUCUUUAUCGUCAUUGUCCUCAGAAGAAGAUGAAAUGGAAAUCUGCAAGCGUAAUGCCAACUCAGCCACUAACUACACUACUCUGCCUAUAUCAGAAAAGGAAACCACUAGUAGCAUUGCACCAGACCAAAGCACUGCUGAGAGCCAGUCAUCAGUGCAUUAUAUCCGUACAAAACCCCCACGACAUCAGGGACACUUGGGGCAUGGAGAUGGCUCCAGGAAUCACAAAACGGUUGAUUUUUCAUCAGGUGCGAAAUCGCCAUCAAAAAGUGGUGCCCAAACACCCAAAAGCCCUCCUGAACACUAUGUACAAGAGACUCCUCUCAUGUUCAGCAGAUGUACAUCUGUCAGCUCCCUUGAGAGUUUUGAGAGUCAUUCCAUUGCAAGUUCUGUGCAAAGUGAGCCAUGCAGUGGGAUGGUCAGUGGAAUUAUAAGCCCAAGUGAUUUGCCUGAUAGCCCUGGACAAACAAUGCCUCCAAGUCGUAGUAAGACACCCCCACCUCCACCACCACGAUCCUCAUCAGUAAAACAAAAAGUUACAGUGCCGCCACAUUCUGAAAAACAGGAUUUUCCGCCAAGGCAUGCAGUUGUUAGUGCUGCUGUACGGAAAGUGCAGGUUCUUCCAGAUAAUGAUACACUUUUACAUUUUUCCACAGAAAGCACUCCCGAUGGCUUCUCUUGUGCUUCAAGCCUUAGUGCAAUUAGUUUAGAUGAACCCUUUAUUCAGAAAGAUAUUGAGCUAAAGCUAAUGCCGCCAGUUCAUGAAGAUGACCAUAGUAAUGAUGUGGAGCUUGAGAACGAAGAUAUUCAAGAGUCCAAAGUUCAGGAGAAACCACUAUCAACCUCUGAAGCUGGAAAGGACAUGUUAGAUGACUCGGAUGACGAUGAUGACAUAGAGAUUCUAGAGGCUUGCAUUAACUCCGCAAUGCCAACAAAAUCAUCACGAAAACCCAAAAAGCAAUCGCCCACAAACAACUCAAGGAUACCCCCACCUGUGGCUCAUAAACCAAGUCAGCUCCCUGUUUAUAAAUUGUUGCCCCCUCAAAGUAGAGGACAACAGCUGAAGCAUGUGACCCUAGCUCAUGGUGAAGACAUGCCACAGGUUUACUGUGUUGAGGGAACACCAAUUAACUUUUCCACAGCAACAUCUCUCAGUGACCUCACUAUUGAUUCACCCCCAAAUGAGUUGGCAGGUCUUGAAACAUCAGCUCUCCAUGCAGAAGCAUCUGGUCCAAGACGAGACACUCUACCAGAGGGGAAAAGUGCAGUGACUAAAGAUACCAGUGUAUCAUCUCCCACACAAUCUUCUCUGGCUGAGAAUGAAGGGGAUGAUAUUCUGGCAGAGUGCAUAAAUUCUGCGAUGCCCAAAGGCAAAAUUCAAAAGCCAUUCAGAGUGCAGAAAAUGUCUGAUCAGUCUCCGCAUCCAUGUAUUCCCCCUGGCAGUAUAGUUCAGCAAGACUUGGAAAAGAAAAAGCCAACUUCUCCUGUAAAACCCAUGCCACAAAGCAACGAGUACAGAGCAAGGAUGCUCAAAAGGCCAGAGGCUCCUCAUGGCAUGGCAGAAGUGGCAUCAUAUCCAUAUAAAAACAAAGAAACCAAAAAGCCAGAGCCCAAAGUAGUCACAAUAGAGUUGGCAGAUAAGCCUGCUAAUGCUGAGGAGAGAACACGCCCUGGGUUUGCCUUUGACUCUCCACAUCAUUACACACCAAUUGAGGGAACACCUUAUUGUUUCUCUCGCAAUGAUUCACUGAGUUCACUUGACUUUGAGGAUGAUGAUCUGGACUUGUCCAAGGAAAAGGCUGAGCUGCGAAAAAAUAAAGAGCAAAGAAAAGUUCCACCUUUGAAGUGCAGUAUAGAUCAGCCAGUAAGCACCAACAGGGUACCAGUAUUUCAGACAGCGCCAACAAAACCUCUUCAUAAAUCUGGAAGUUUUCCACAAGCACCUAAAGAAAAUAGAGUAGCAGUGUGCGAUGAAAAACAAAGGUUUUCAAUUGAAGACACACCAGUAUGUUUCUCAAGAAACUCAUCACUUAGUUCACUUAGUGACAUUGACCAAGAAAACAACAACAAAGACUGCUCACACAAAGACGAUGAAACCCAGAUCGAAGUACCAAGGCCACCAGCCUCUGGUUAUGCACCAAAAGCCUUUCAUGUGGAAGACACCCCUGUGUGUUUCUCGAGAAAUAGUUCUCUUAGCUCUCUCAGUAUUGAUUCAGAAGAUGACCUUCUACAAGAAUGCAUCAGUUCUGCAAUGCCAAAGAAAAAGAAACAACUACAGAGAAAUAAGUCUGAGGAACCAGGGAUUAAGGAAGACAAAAGCAUGUUGGCUGAUGGCAUUUUAGCAGAAGAACCAGAUCUUACAUUAGAUCUAACAGACACUCACAGUCCUUUUUCAGAGCAAGCCUUAUCACCAGACUCUGAAUCAUUUGACUGGAAAGCCAUUCAAGAGGGUGCUAAUUCUAUUGUGAGCUGUCUUCAUCAAGCUGCAGCGAGUCUCUCCAGACAAGGUUCCUCUGAUUCAGACUCUAUACUCUCACUAAAAUCUGGCAUCUCCAUUGGGUCACCUUUCCAUCUUCCAUUAAAUCAAGAUGACAAUAAGCCUGCUGCAAACAAAGGGCCAAGAAUACUAAAACCUGGUGAAAAAAGCACUUUAGAGGAAAAAAAGAAAGAGGAGGAAUCAGCCAAGGGCCUGAAAGGGGGAAAGAAAGUGUAUAAAAGCCUGAUCACAGGAAAGCCCCGACCAAGUCUUGAAAGCAUGUCCUCUCAGCAUAGGCAAGCUCAAGUACCCGUGAUCUCUAGAGGCAGGACAAUGAUUCAUGUUCCUGGUGUGAGAAGCAGCUCUCCUAGCACCAGUCCAGUUCCUAAAAAGCCCCCUCCACGUGGCCAGAUGUCAAAACCACCUUCCCAAGCACCAGGUCCUGGGAACUCUCCAAGAGCCAUGAAAGUAGCAGCAAGUUCUGAACCUUGUCCUGCCAGGGAUCCUCAAUCUGCUCAAGGAGGGUCAAGUAAAGCUUCGUCUCGAUCGGGGUCCAGAGACUCCACUCCUUCUAGACCAGUUCAGCAAUCUCUAACAAGGCCCAUGCAGUCUCCUGGUCAUGCCUCUGUCUCACCAGGUAGGAACGUUCUUAGCCCCUUUAAUAAAUUAUCUCAAAUGCCUCGUACUGCCUCUCCCAGUUCUGCUUCAGUAAAGUCAUCGGGAUCUGGCCGCAUGGCUUACACUUCUCCAGGAAGGCAACUGGGCCAGCAAACGCCAACAAAGCAGAGUGGUUUACCAAGAAGUACUAGUGGUAUUCCUAGAAGUGAAUCUGCCUCAAAAAUUCUAAAUCAAUGUGGAGCCACAGGCCCUCCAAAAAAGGCGGAUACGUCCAGAAUGUCAUCCACAAAGUCAAGUGGAAGUGAGUCUGACCGGUCUGAGAAACCUGGACUUGUUCGUCAGUCAACAUUUAUCAAAGAAGCCCCUAGCCCAACACUAAAAAGGAAAUUAGAAGAGUCUGCCUCCUUUGAGUCCUUGUCUCCUUCCUCUCCAAGCCAAUCACAGACACCAGUAUCUAGUCCAUCAUUACCAGAUAUGUCACUUAGUCUGCCCUACCAGGGAAGCGGAUGGAGAACCCCCCACAGUGAAAACACUGACGAGAACGGUGAUGGCAAGUCACUCCGAAGACAUGACAUCUCCCGAUCCCAUUCAGAAAGUCCAUCCAGGCUCCCAAUCAACAGGACAGGGACAUGGAAAAGAGAGCACAGCAAGCAUUCAACUUCUCUCCCAAGAGUUGGCACUUGGAAAAGAACUGGCAGCAGCUCUUCCAUUCUCUCUGCCUCUUCUGAGUCCAGUGAAAAGGGCAGAAGUGAGGAUGAGCGGCAAUCCACUAAUCCACCAAAAAAAUCAGGGGGCCUUGAACGGAAAGGAACAUGGAGGAAAAUUAAGGAAAGUGAAAUGGCACCUAUGACAUUAGACUUACCAGAUCUAACUGGUGAUGCUGCUCAUUCAAUGAGUGCUGCUAUGUCCAAGACGGAAGAUGUCUGGGUGAGAAUUGAAGACUGUCCCAUAAACAAUCCAAGGUCUAGUAAAUCACCAACAGGAAACACACCUCCUGUUAUUGACUUAAAGUCAAUCAAAGGGCUUCCUUGUGACCGGGACUCAAGCGAAUUACACUCAAAACAGCCACUAGCAAAUGAGAAUGCAGCUCUGUGCCCUCUGGGCUCAGAAACUAAUCUGAAUUUGCUCAGGAGUAGUGAGUCUCUUGAUAAAAAGGUCACCGACAUCAAGCCUUCAAAUAACCCAAACACUGGCACAGACAUGCAUGAAUUCCCCGUUGCUGAACGCACUCCAUUUAGCUCAAGUAAUUCUAGCAAACACAGCUCCCCUAGUGGUGCCGUGGCCGCUAGGGUAAGUCCUUUCAAUUACACGCCAAGCCCCAGAAAGAGCAGUACCGACAUUGCAACACCUAGACCAUCUCAAAUCCCAACACCUAUUACAGGCAACGUAAAAAAGAGAGACACUAAAGGAGACACGCCCGAAAGUGGAUCCUACAUUGUCACCUCUGUGUAAGACUUUCUGGUCUCUUUAUGAUCGCUGCUAGAAAACACUUAAAACAGACUCUAUAAGUCACUGUCAUAGAACUUAUUGUAGUCCUGUGUUUGGCAGCAUUCUGGCGGGUUUAUUGCUGUUAUAUGGUGGCUGCAAAUGUUGGCUUCAACCACCAUAAGGACAAUUGACAAUUUGUACUGUACAGAUUUUAUUAUGUAUAUAUUUAAUUUAACCGCACAUCAGGAUCCCGUAUCUUGCUUGACUUUACAAGAUAACAGCUAAAGAUGGAACAUUUUGGAUGUUGUUAAACUUCUGGUGGACUUGUGCAUUACUAAUGCAUUUCAAAAAACUGUAAACCUGCAUUAAUUCCAAUGUUAAAGUCAUUCUUACUGUUGCAUAUUGUAUGUUGCAUAAUGGAUUUUCUCCUUGCAUGCACCAAUUCAGUGGUAUAGUAUUUCCUAUAUAGAUAAACAUUUCUGUGGACACAUGACCUGUACUGAUAUCUGUAGUGUAACAUUUUACACUUUUGUGAAGUAACCCUCGGAACUGUUGAAUGAUGAUGUUGAUGGUCAACAUAGAGAAUAUAUAUAUAUAAAACAUAGAUCCAUUGCUCUGCUGUUUGUGUAUAGUUGUUGCCAGGUGAGGCGUGUGUCUUUUCUUUGAAAUUGUACUCUCGAAAGGACUGAAGUAAUGUUUAAAACUUAAAUUAUUCCCAUAGGUUUUGGUGUUGGUACCUUUUUAAAAGCCGUUUUGCUUCCCCUAUUAUUUGGUAACUGUUUAAGCACAUAAUUAGAUAAAACUGUUUUGCCAAAACCACGUUGUAAAUAAUCACAUUGAGUUUUUAUUUUUCUCAUGCAAUAAAGUGGGCAGAUCGAUGUUUACAAGAUAUUUCCAAUAAAAUAUAGUAAAUAAA